UGAACAACCUAGGGUCAAAGGGGGGAAUUGUCUGAGAUUUAUAAGUUAACUCUGUUAGAUUGAACGGGUCAGUCAGUGUUGUAUAUCCAAAGAGCAAACAUAUCAAGGAUCCAAGUUAUUUCAUAAGAAAACAUUUUUCAAUAUGUCCGCCAAAAUGAUGUUACGUGACCAGGUUACUUCGAUUAUUGAUCCCUCGGAAAAGCUUCGACCUGAACCAGUAUACGAUGGAAAAUUGAAAAGUAAUUUUAGAAACUAUAUCAUAGAUCCAACAGAUGAGAUCAAGGAACGUGUACGCAAGACUUACGAGAACAUGCAUACUAAUCAAACGGUCGAGUUUGUGCGUUCUCGUAUGAAAGAAUGGCUACAAUUCAACAAAGCCAGAUUGACGAUUAAAGAUGCUCUUAUCAAAUUAAAUGAUCUAAUCGAUGAAAGCGAUCCAGACACAAAUUUACCGAAUAUCGUUCAUGCUUUUCAAACGGCCGAAUCUAUAAGAAAAGAUCAUCCUGAUUUAGAUUGGUUCCAUUUAACUGGACUGAUACAUGAUCUAGGAAAGAUUAUGGCGUUCUAUGGGGAACCACAAUGGGCUGUUGUGGGUGAUACAUUUCCUGUUGGUUGUGCAUGGGCUGAUUCCAUAGUCUAUAGGGACACAAGUUUUGAAAAUAAUCCUGAUGGCAAAGAUUCUCGUUACAAUACAAAAUAUGGAAUAUACAAACCUCAAUGUGGUAUAGACAAUUUAAUGAUGUCCUGGGGUCAUGACGAAUAUCUUUAUCGUGUUAUGGUUCAUAAUAAUUGUAAAUUACCUAAGGAAGCACUUGCUAUGAUUCGUUAUCAUUCGUUUUACCCCUGGCACGCUGGUGGUGAUUACAUGUACUUUUGCACACAGAACGAUUUGGAUAAAUUGAAAUGGAUCAUUGAAUUCAAUAAAUACGAUUUAUACACAAAAAGUGCCGGCGUACCGGAUAUUGAGAAAUUAUGGCCUUAUUAUGAGAAAUUGAUCGACAAAUAUAUUCCUGGGACGUUAGAAUGGUGAAUCGGAGAAUAAUUGAAAAAUAGAAUGACAUGGGCUACACUUAAUGAAUUAUUCUAUUUCUUAUUCUUUUUCUUUUUGUUUUUGUUUUUGUACAUAUAUUCAUAUAUUUUUGCUUUUAAUGUU